UGUUAACCUUAUUCUGUGUCUUUGUUUUAAACAGCUCUGCCAUUCUCUUUCCUGUUCUCUUUGUUUAGCUCCUUUUACAGACAGAAACAGUCUGAAAACUAAGCUGACAGGCUGAGCAUCAUCUGAGCUGAUGGAUGUUCGCAGCUUUCGCAGGGAUUUAUGAACCAUGCUCUGCUAACCGAAAAACAAACGGAAGACUUGAAAGCGAAACUGAUGAAUUUCCUCUUUAUGGAGAGAAUCUUUUGUUGCUGCAACGCAGCGAAGAUCGCUGAUGGACGUUUGAACAACGAUCUGUUCCUCUGCAUGGCUGCUUCCGCAAGUGGACUGUUGGAAUAUUUAAAUGACCCAUUAAUUAUGUCUCCACAUUUAGGAACCGUUUUUGCAGUUAUACAAAAAUUAUUUAUUUAUUAUAAUUAAACCAGCAAACGUUAUCUCAAUUAAAUUCUAUGAAACACGCUAUAGGGUCAGACCUCAUGAUCAGAUUACUACUUAACUAUUGGAUUUUUUCAAACUUAAAACUUACUUGUGAAAUACAACUCGUAUUAAAAAUGUGUCAGUAUAAAGAAACCGGCCAAUUAUAGGCAAUGCGGACAUUGCAGUAGAAUUUGACUGACAAAGCCAGGGGUGUCCAAAGUUGGCCCUCCACAUUUGAUCAUGACCAAACUGAGAUUUGUCAGUCAGACGUGAUCAGAAGUAGCACAGUCCUGAUUCCCAAUGAUUCUCUCAACUGUAUUGUGCCUGUUCACUAAAUCCCCCUUAAAUCAGUGAGGGAAACUUAUGUGGUUGGGGUCUAACAUGGAGGAAGUUGAAAGUUUUGGAUGAAGCUGACUCAGAAAACCGUCUUGAGCCCAUAUCAGAUUCUGCAGUCAUCUCCCAGAAUGCCUUGCUCUCAGAGUAUGACAGUAACAGGAGUGGAAUCUGUUUCUUUCAGUCAAAAACUUGAUGGUUCAGUUGCUGCGUCCUCCACUCCCACACAUCAAUGAGCCCAAGUAUCUAUGGUCAGUGUAGUGGUGUAUAAAUGUAUUUGUGGCUGUUGUGUAGAAGCUGGAUAAACUAUUAGUCCAUUCCCCAUUCUUCAGACCUUUCUCCAGUAGAGAUAAGUAGUUCCACUUUGUGUGUAUCUCACCUGAAAAGCCUUUAAAGUCCUUUUUUUCUCCAGGAUGUUUGCCUCCAGUCUCUGCUAACAGGCUUUGUUUGCUGUAAGUUUCAGGUUGCUGUCUCCAUGGCAGCAAUGGCCGCUCUACAUCUGAUGAAGAAGUGGUUACUUUUUGAGUUGCUGAUCAACAUUUCUGAGUCCGCUGUGUGCCUGAACGCGCCAGAUGCUGUUACAAUUGAGCAAAGCUCUUCAGCCAUUGUCACCAUUUCUUCCAGUUCUGCUGUCAAUCAGUCUGCAGUGAUUCACCUGAAUGUAACCUUCAGCUCCCAGGAGAACUACUCAUCAAUAAUCACUCUGCCUGAACAGGUAUUGCUUCCAGAGAAAGCUACCUCAGCCAAUUUUACUGUGAUAACACAUGAUGUUGGUCAGGUGACUGCACACCUGUUCAGCAACAACACACACCUCGACAGUCUGUCGUCCAGGAUACGCUUCAUAGUGAUCCACAGCAGUGUGCUGUCAGUAGUGGCUCAGGUCAUUGGAUGGAUUUACUUUGUGACCUGGUCAGUGUCUUUCUAUCCACAAGCCUGGGAAAACUGGAGGAGGAAAAGUGUUGUAGGUCUCAACUUCGACUUCCUGGCUCUCAAUCUAACAGGCUUCAUUGCUUACAGUGUCUUCAACAUUGGCCUCUUCUGGAUACCCUAUAUAAAGGAGGAAUUUCUUCAGAAGAAUCCCAAUGGGAUAAAUCCUGUAAAUGCUAAUGACGUCUUCUUCAGUCUGCAUGCUCUGCUGUUCUGUGUGAUCUACGUCAGCCAGGCUGCUCUCUAUGAGAAGGGGGGUCAGAGGGUGUCAUGGACUGCCAGGAUUUUGUUGCUGAUUGGUUGGGCAUUUGCUUUGAUCAGCCUAUUUGUUGCUGUGGCCCACAAAAUUACUUGGUUGGAGUACCUCUACUACUUCUCCUACAUUAAACUUGCAGUCACUCUGAUCAAAUAUGUGCCACAGGCCUAUAUGAACUACAGGAGACAAAGCACUGUGGGCUGGAGCAUCGGCAACGUCCUGCUGGACUUCACUGGUGGAGUCUUCAGUAUCCUACAGAUGAUCAUUCAGUCUUACAACAAUGAUGAGUGGAAGUUGGUGUUUGGUGAUCCCACCAAGUUCGGUCUGGGUCUGUUCUCUGUGGCAUUUGACAUCAUCUUCAUGACUCAGCACUAUUGUCUCUAUAGACAGCCAGCAGAGUAUCAAACUAUUCCAGGGCAGCAGGACGACUAAUCUGAACACUUCGCUACAACCAAAGGGAAGCCAUAAAGAAAGGGAUUCAAUCUAAGCUAAAUGUUAGUUCCUUUAGUUGUUGCCUUCAGGCUUCCAGCAGGAAGUUCAGUUUAUCUUGUCUCAGAUUUGGCACAUUAGAGAGCCAAGGACUCUCUUAUGAACAACCUCAGGGAACUCUCUUCUUUUAUAUGUACAUCUGCAUCAUGCUAUAUCUAUUGUUCUUUUUUUAUUUAACACUCUGCUUCAGUCUGUAAUUUGGAAAUGUAUGCUUUCACUGUUUUCUAUUUUCUCAUGCUUUAUCAUUAAAAAAAGUGGGAAAAGG